CUAUUGCUAUUUGCGCCCACCACAGGACAAAACUACCAAAAGUACUCCCUAUUGCCUAUUCUCUAUUCCCUUCACACACUCCUCUUCUUUUUCUUUCUUCUUUCUGUGGUAUCCUCAUCUCUUUCCUACUGAUUCUUCAGAUCCCAUUUCUCCUUUUCUUUUUCUCUCUUUUUUUUUUAUUUUUUUCUGUUACUCUGUUUUCCCCCCCUUUUCUACAAUUUCCCCUGUUUUUCUUCCUUUCAAUCAAUUCUAUAGCUACCCAAUCUUCAUUUUGUUCUUGUUUCUUGAAUCUUUUUUCUGGGUUUUACCUGAUUUAGGGUUUUCUUCCUGAAAUGUGUUCCUUUUGAAUUUUACAGACCUUCUUUUUCAGAUUUUAGCUCCUGAGAUCUGUUGAUGCUUUGAACUCUGGUCUUCUUUACCUAACCAUUGAAGUUUAAGUUAGGUUUUCUUUGAAUCUCCUCUUGUUCUGAUAAACCCAUAUUCCCAUUAAUUAGGUUUCCUUAUUAUUGGUCAAUUUCAAAAAAAAAAAAAGAGAAAGAAGAAAAAUAUAAUAGUUAUUGAGUUGAGUAAAUAUGUUGGUGGGCUGAAGUCUGCUCCUAGAUUUAAGGAAUAAAGUUCAAUUACAAAACUUUCUAGCUAAAAAGUGUAUAUCUUGGGAGUAUUGUUUGAACCCAGAAAAUGCAUAAGCCUCCUCAGGAUGAUUUCUCUCUUAAAGAGACUAAUCCCCACCUUGGUGGAGGAAAAAUCACAGGAGAUAAGCUUACAAGUACUUAUGAUCUUGUUGAGCAAAUGCAAUACCUCUAUGUUAGGGUAGUAAAAGCUAAAGAUUUGCCUAGUAUGGAUGUUACUGGUGGUUGUGACCCUUAUGUGGAAGUUAGACUUGGUAAUUAUAAGGGUACGACCCGACAUUUCGAAAAGAAGAGUAAUCCUGAAUGGAAUCAGGUUUUUGCCUUUUCUAAGGAUAGGAUUCAGGCUUCUGUACUUGAGGUCACUGUGAAGGAUAAGGAUGUUGUUAAGGAUGAUUUUAUCGGUCGUACUUUAUUUGAUCUUAAUGAGAUCCCGAAGAGGGUACCCCCCGAUAGUCCUUUGGCACCACAGUGGUAUAGGCUUGAAGAUAAAAAGGGCGAAAAGUCGAGAGGAGAGUUGAUGUUAGCUGUUUGGUGGGGUACUCAAGCCGAUGAGGCAUUUCCUGAGGCGUGGCAUUCGGAUGCUGCUACUGUUAGUGGGAGUGAUGCACUUGCUAAUAUUCGUUCGAAGGUGUAUUUAUCGCCUAAGCUUUGGUAUCUUAGGGUUAAUGUGAUUGAGGCUCAAGACUUGGUUCCAACCGACAAAAGUCGUUUUCCUGAAGUGUAUGUGAAGGCUAUUCUUGGAAGCCAAGCUCUUAGAACUAGAGUCUCACCGACUAGGAACAUUAAUCCUAUGUGGAACGAGGAUCUUAUGUUUGUAGCUGCCGAGCCUUUUGAAGAGCCAUUGAUUUUGAGUGUAGAGGAUAGGGUUGGGCCUAACAAGGAUGAAGUAUUGGGGAGGUGUGCAAUUCCAUUGCAAUAUGUUGAUAGACGGUUGGAUCAUAAACCAAUACUCUCAAAAUGGUUCAAUCUUGAAAAACAUAUUAUUGUGGAUGGUGAAAAGAAGAAGGAAGUCAAGUUUGCGAGUAGAAUUCAUUUGAGGAUUUGUUUGGAAGGUGGUUAUCAUGUUCUAGAUGAGUCAACUCAUUAUAGUAGUGAUCUAAGGCCAACGGCUAAACAAUUGUGGAAACAUAGCAUCGGAGUUCUUGAACUUGGUAUCUUAACUGCACAAGGAUUGAUGCCUAUGAAGGUGAAGGAUGGUCGUCCGACUACUGAUGCUUAUUGUGUGGCCAAAUAUGGUCAAAAAUGGGUGAGAACGAGAACUAUCAUCGAUAGUUUCAGCCCGAAGUGGAACGAGCAGUAUACGUGGGAGGUGUAUGAUCCUUGCACUGUCAUCACUGUUGGUGUCUUCGACAAUUGUCAUUUACACGGAGGAGAUAAAGGUGGUGGAGCAAGAGACUCGAGGAUUGGCAAAGUGAGGAUUCGUCUUUCGACCCUCGAAACUGAUCGUGUGUAUACACAUGCAUACCCGCUGCUCGUAUUGCACCCAACAGGAGUGAAAAAGAUGGGUGAAAUCCAAUUGGCUGUGAGGUUUACAUGUUCAUCAUUGCUCAAUAUGAUGCAUAUGUACUCUCAUCCAUUGCUUCCGAAGAUGCAUUACCUCCACCCAUUAACUGUGAGCCAACUCGAUAACUUGAGGCACCAGGCCACUCAAAUUGUUUCUAUGAGGCUAAGUCGUGCUGAGCCGCCUUUGCGGAAAGAAAUAGUCGAAUAUAUGUUGGAUGUGAGUUCUCAUAUGUGGAGUAUGAGACGAAGCAAGGCGAAUUUCUUUAGAAUCAUGAAUGUCUUGUCGGGGAUACUCGCCGUAGGAAGAUGGUUUGAUCAGAUUUGCAACUGGAAAAAUCCGAUCACUACUGUUCUUAUCCACAUCUUGUUCUUUAUUUUGGUCAUGUACCCGGAACUGAUUUUACCCACAAUAUUUCUGUACUUGUUCCUCAUCGGAGUAUGGUACUACCGAUGGAGGCCAAGGCAUCCUCCCCAUAUGGACACUCGUCUUUCUCAUGCAGAUUCCGCUCACCCCGAUGAACUCGAUGAAGAAUUCGACACAUUCCCAACAUCUAAACCGCCUGAUAUCGUAAGGAUGAGGUAUGAUCGAUUAAGGAGUAUAGCCGGGAGAAUCCAAACUGUUGUGGGAGACUUGGCAACUCAAGGUGAAAGGCUUCAAUCUCUGCUCAGCUGGCGUGACCCACGAGCUACUGCACUGUUCGUUAUCUUCUGCUUGGUCGCUGCCAUCGUUCUGUACGUCACACCAUUCCAAGUUGUGGCUCUUUUAACCGGGUUUUACAUCUUAAGGCAUCCUAGGUUCCGUCAUAAGCUACCGUCAGUCCCCCUAAAUUUCUUCCGAAGGUUGCCUGCUCGUACAGACUCGAUGUUGUGAGGUUGAUGCUAUCGGUUAGUGGUGAAGAUAUUAGAUAUGAGUAAUGGGUAUGCUGUUUUACCCCCCAUUUUCUGCAAAAUCUUAGAAUUGUGGUUUCAAUGUUUUGUGUAUGUUGUAUAAUCCUUGGACUUGGACUGUAUGUUGAACAAAUACAUGAGAACUGUGUUUUUAAGUAUUGAUCUUCA